UAGGCACCCGACGUCACGGGCGAUGUGGGCAUGCGUCCUGAUGAGCGUCAUUCCCGUGGCUUUAUGAAAGGCGAAAUCCGUCCACGCGCAGCUGUUUCGAAACCGAGGGGAAGCAGGUCGUCUAGGAAGAACUGGGUUUAAGGACAGUCUCCCAAUCUCUUCGCCGCCGUCCGCUGCGCGCGUGUGAGCCACUUUCCGCCUUCAACUGUCGUCUGCGCGUGCCUCCCGCCUCGCACAGCUUCAACAACACAAGCCACGGGGACAAGCCAGCGUUAGCCGAGAAGGGAAGUGGACUCUGUCUACUCUUUUAUCAGGUAGAUGCUCCCAACCGCCCAGCUUGGCAGGAGUGAUGGGAUGUGUCAUCUAGCAGAAGAGGCACUCCUAGACGAUGUAAUCACCCUGAAGGAUUCAUCUGAAACCACACCACAGCACGACCAAGGAGUAACGGAGAACGAGAAAGAAGACGAAGACACAAGCAUGGGCGUGGGGAAGAACACCACCUCCAAAUCGAUGGACAGCAGCAGUGAAGGAGGAAAAUAUGAAGAGGAGUGCAAACAUGGGGCAAAUUUCUACCCGAUUCCGGUGGUGGUAAAUGGAGUCAGCGGCGCCAGUGGUGACCAGGACACUGAGAACACAGAGCUGAUGGCCAUCUACACUAAAGAUAAUCAAGGAGGUGAAAAGAGCUCAAUGUCUGAGACAUUGGACAGUACAGACAGUAUUGAUGCAAGGAGGUCUGAUAUGAUCUACACCAUUGAAGACACCCCACCCUGGUAUCUCUGUGUGCUCUUGGGAUUACAGCACUACUUGACAUGUUUCAGUGGAACCAUUGCGGUGCCGUUCCUCCUCUCUGAGGCGAUGUGCGUCGGCUUUGAUCAGUGGGCAACCAGUCAGCUCAUAGGGACCAUCUUCUUCUGUGUGGGGAUCACUACCCUGCUACAGACCACACUGGGCUGCAGGCUUCCUUUGUUUCAGGCCAGUGCUUUCGCCUUUCUCGCACCAGCCAGAGCCAUCCUGUCACUGGAGAAAUGGAAGUGCAACAACACAGAUAUUCCAGCAUUAAACGGUACAGAGCUCCUCAACACAGAGCACAUUUGGCAGCCCAGGAUACGAGAGAUCCAAGGUGCCAUCAUUGUGUCAUCCAUGGUUGAGGUGUGCAUUGGCAUGCUGGGUCUCCCCGGGAUGCUCCUGAAAUACAUCGGACCUCUGACCAUCACUCCCACCGUGGCCCUCAUUGGCUUGUCUGGUUUCCAGGCUGCAGGGGAGAGGGCUGGAAAACACUGGGGUAUUGCUAUGCUGACUAUCUUCUUGGUGCUGCUCUUCUCUCAGUAUGCCAGAAAUGUUCACUUUCCUCUGCCCAUCUACAAAGCCAAGAAGGGCUGGACAUCCUAUAGGCUCCAGGUCUUCAAAAUGUUUCCUAUCAUAAUGGCCAUUCUCAUGUCGUGGCUGUUAUGUUUCAUUUUCACUGUGACCGACGUUUUCCCACCAGAUAAGGACAAAUACGGUUUCUACGCCCGCACAGACGCACGUCAAGGGAUCCUCUUAGCAGCACCAUGGUUCAAAAUCCCCUACCCCUUCCAGUGGGGCGUUCCCACGGUGACGGCUGCAGGUGUGAUCGGUAUGAUGAGCGCUGUGGUGGCCAGCAUCAUCGAGUCAAUUGGAGAUUACUACGCCUGCGCUCGGCUGUCGUGUGCUCCUCCGCCUCCCAUCCACGCCAUCAACCGGGGAAUAUUUAUAGAAGGCAUUUCCUGUGUGCUGGAUGGUCUUUUCGGGACAGGAAAUGGCUCUACUUCCUCCAGUCCAAAUAUAGGCGUCCUUGGAAUCACAAAGGUGGGCAGCAGGCGUGUAAUCCAGUAUGGAGCUGCCAUGAUGCUGCUGCUGGGGCUCGUGGGUAAAUUCAGUGCCCUCUUUGCCUCUCUGCCUGACCCAGUCCUGGGAGCGUUGUUCUGCACCCUGUUUGGUAUGAUUACAGCAGUGGGACUGUCCAACCUGCAGUUUGUCGACCUCAACUCCUCCAGGAACCUCUUCGUCUUGGGCUUCUCGAUCUUCUUUGGCCUGAUGCUGCCGAACUACCUCAAACAGAACCCACUGGUCACCGGCAUUGUUGAAAUUGACCAAGUGCUAAAUGUGCUCCUCACCACUGCAAUGUUCGUCGGAGGGUCUGUCGCCUUCAUUUUGGACAAUACCAUCCCUGGUUCUCCUGAAGAACGAGGUAUUAGGAAGCUGAAACGCGGUUCUGGUCUUAGUGCAGCAGAACUGGAAGGGAUGAGAUCCUACGACCUGCCGUUUGGAAUGGACUUCAUCCGCAGACACCGAAUCUUCAAGAACUUCCCCAUCAGCCCAACGUUCACAGGCUACCAUUGGGGGCGGCUACAGGGAGCCUGCAGGAACAGAAUGGGACACGGGGAUGGGGCAAAGGGAGGGGAGGGCGGCGCAGCACGGGGAGAGAGUCUGGUAUAACCAGCAGGCUGGAGAAACCUUGAAAUGGUUGAAUUUUGGGGAGCAAGGGAUGGUACACUAAGUCAACAUAAUGGGGGAGUGGAGGACAGAAGCGGCACUGGAUUGUGUGGAAGAAAAUGUGAUGCACCAACCCCCCCCCCCCCCUUCCCACCCUGUCACUAUAUGCGUUUAUUUUCUAUAGCUUGUAUCAGUCUCUUCCCACUUCCCACUAUGCUAUUUUAAGCAUGCUAUAGCAAGCCACAGCAUGCUAUAAAAGAUGUCACCAUGUGGAGAUCAGUCUGUUUGUGUGCAUGUGUGCAUGGAGUAAUCCAGGAGGAGACAGAUGGAUGUCAGGCAGUCGGAGCUGAAUGUCUAAUGGCUCACUCACUCGUGAUCGCUGCUAACUGAGACAGCCCAAAUUAUGUUGCAUACAUUCUUCUCAAAGCACAGUAGAUUGAAAUAUGGGACUUGAGCAUCAUGUUAGGAAUCGUUCCCCUCUGGAUUUGUUAUGCAACCACACAUGCACACACCAGCAGCCACUGUAGAUCAAGCACGAGCACUGCAUUGCACAACAGGGGGUCAUGCAGAAUGAUGGAAGUAGUUUGUAGGGUCCCCUUAGCCAUGUGAAGUGAUUGUGAGAUUUAUUUUUGUAGUACCUCCUUCCUGAGUUCAAAGUAGAAUGUCACUUCACAGAUUCUUCAGUAAAACACGCUCACGCUAAAGAGGCUCGCAUCCCAUAUUAUUUCAUAAUGAAGUGCUAAUAUUCAGAAGACUUCUCCCAUAUUACUGGGCAGAAAAGAAAAUCACUAACAUACCGGUUUACAUUUAUUUAGAUUAUGUCAGUAUUAUUCAUCAGUUGUUAACAGGACCAAAACUCUGCCUUUCCUGAACAUGCUCGUUAAAGUUUUAAUUUAAAUCUGCUACCCUUUAUUUACUUUACAUGCUGGCUCUUAACUAAUGAGACAAGCUUUUAAUAAUGCCUCUAUCAUCAUGGUGACGGCAGAGGAUUUAUAAGAGCUGCAUUAAUGCGCACAGUAACACGGACAUGUGGCCUUGUCAGGGAGACCUUGUGUGAGUAUAUAUGAAACUGAUGAAUGAUGACAUGAGAAUAAGUGUUCUCGCACAGCUCCGUGUGGGACUUGUCUCACAGUUUUGGGGUCACUGUGGAUGUAUAUUAAGGUAGGAUUUACCUAAAGGCUAUAUAAUUGUACUGGGAGGUAAGGACAGUGUAUUUUGCUGACUAUAGAGUAUAUAAAUCUAACAGUUUCUUUCUUUUGUGCCCUUCAUCAGCUCACAUGUGCAGUGUGGCAGUUUGGGGGGGUUCUUUUUUUUCCCCGACAGUCAUGACGUAUCAAUGUUUACUUGUUUAACUCUGGUCAUGACUUUUUCUUCACAUUCCUGCUCUCCCUCAGUCAUCAAUACGCGCUCUCUUUCAUCUCCUACUAAGUUUCAAAGCAUUUGCAGUCUGUACGGUAUUAACCCAGGCGUGCCCCCCACCCCAAAAACAGAGCCACUCUUUUCUGACCACACUGUGUGCCUCUGCUGCUUCUAUGUAUAAAGAGCAGCUUUUGAAAAAAAUACCACAGAGUUGGCAACAAUAUAAAAAAAUGAUGCAUAGAAAUAAAGAGUAGCCCACUUGAGAUUUUUAUAAAACCAAAACGCUCAAAGCUCUUUAUUUGUAUUUCUGCUGUUCUGUUACCAUAUACCAAAACUUUUCAUUGACAUUUGUUGCUACUGAGAGACGUGAUUAGUUUAGUCUCAUUCCAGAUUCCCCCAUUUUUAUCUCUUAUUAAAGCUAUUUAUUUAUUUAUGGGGGGUUUUAAAAAAGAAAAAGUCUAACGGGUUUAUGCGUCCCUUUCAGAAUUUUUAGUGUGUUUUAGUUUACUUGUUGAAGCCCUGUAAAGACCGGUAAUGAUUGACAGCUACUCCUGCCCUCCGCCCCAGCUCCAAUCGGUGCUUUUAGAAGGUCACCCGGCGAGAGAGGCUUUGAAAGGGUUGUUUCUGACGUAAUAUAAAAGCUGCUUCUAUUUCAUUCCAUUUCUAUCAUGUUGCAUUUGAAAGCGAAAGAUGAACACUUUUAAAUGUCGAACUGGAUAGUUCAGAAUUUACAGAUCAGGGCCUUUUUACUACGAAGUACUGUUUGCACAUGUAAUGGUGCCAAGAAGACUGGGGUCCAGAUGACUUCAUACGCACUAACCUGGAAACCUGAAAUAUUACUACAGUGCUUUUGAAGACUUUAAAGGAGGUGUGAACAUUAAUGACCUAAUUAAAACAGCUGUAGUUCCAUUUAUGACGUACUGCUCUGAUUUGGUGACGUCUCAUACUUUGUUACGCCAAAAUAAACCAUAGUUAUUAAUUAUGUGACCCUUAAUAUCUACAGGGGCGUCACUUUUUAGGUAGGGUUAAAGGUGUUGGGACAUUUUUAUAGAUUUCCAUUUGUUUGUCAAAUAAAAUAUGCAAUUGCAGUAAUAUAAUUUGCGUUGACUAUACCACUGAAACUCCUUACGAGGUCGCAGACUGAUUUUUCCAAAAUACUGAAUGACCAUCCAGAGUAGAUGGUAAAAAAAACAGAGUAAUGAUGUCACAAAAGAGCCCAGGGUUAGAGAUAACUGACGUGCGAAAACUGUAAAUCUAAAACCUCAUCUCCCUCGUUUAAAUUAUUGGCUGACUUGCAAAGGGACUUUACCAGGUGGUUGGUAAAAUAAGCAGUGUGUUGUUGGCACUCCAGCUGAUGUGUCGUGACUAUAUAACCUAGCUCUGAGAGCUGGCAGUGAUCAAAGUCAGACUUUUAAGCAGCUUCCACAGAGAUAGAGGGUAGUUUAGAGGUAGUUUUGGGGGGGUUGGCCCUUGCUGUAGUAAAUUUCUGGCAUGCACACGACUCGCGACCUUGUUUUCUGUGUCAUAUCAUGUUCAUACAACCAGCACUUCUCCCAUCACAUCAGUCUCUCCUUGCACACUCUUGGCCCUGCAGUGAAGAUACAUCUGUGUCCUCGUGAUUGGUGUACCUUGUUUUUCUCCUCUGGAAUUUUUAUUGUCACCAUUUCUGAAUGCAGGAGGAGGACACACCCGUUGGUCACCUUAUUAAGAGCCUGUUGUUUAUCAAGCAGCUGAGUGAAACCUGCCUUAUCGCUUAAUGUGAAGAUGAACAUGGGAUGUCUUUGUGCCUCAUGGCAGCUUCCUCCAGUUUUUUAUUAUUGUACUCCUGUCUUAUUGUAGGAUUUAGUACACAUGCACCUCUCGCACAGCUGUGAAAGAAGCAGCCAGUUACAGUAAAAAACAAAAUAAAAACAUUGUUUCUGGUUUGAAUUACAUUCACAUGGCUCUUAAAAAGGUGACCAUAAGGUGCGUAACACAAAGACAUCGAUCCCUUUCAGUUAUUUUGAAGGGGUCAUUACCUGGAGACUAUACUUCUGUGUAUUAAGUGUUCUAUCUUUUUAAUGUUUUUUUUUUUUUUAUAUACAUAGUUUUUAUGUUUUUGCAAGCAAAUAUUUGUAAGAAACGAAUCAUAACUUUGAAUCUUAAAUCAUGCUGGAAAGCGCACCAUUUUCUUGUACUUUUUAUUUAAAAAGUAAAUACAUUUGAACCCUAUUUCAAAUCUGUGGUUUGGUGGAAUCCUGUUUAUGAUCUUUUCAUAUUGUAUUUUUUUACUCUAACAUUGUUUUCUGUCCAUGUUAACACAUUACCAAUAUAAAUCCAAGAACAAGCUGAGAAACUUUAAAUAGAUGUAAAAACACAAAUGUAUAUUUAAUGGAGCAAAGUUUGCUAAACAUUCUGGAAUAUAAAUUGUGUAAACUAAUUGUAGCAACAAAAUGUUUUAUUCUUUGUCCCUAAAACUAUUUAAUAAGAUGUUACUAAAUGAA